AUGAAGUCUCUUGCUUCCAUUGCCGUCGGGGUGGCGGCUUUAGCCUCCGUCGCUAAUGCAUCUGUUAAAGGAUUCGACAUAUCUAAUUAUCAGCCUAAUGUUGAUUUUGCCAAGGCAUACUCUGAUGGCGCCCGCUUCGUUAUCAUCAAGGCCACCGAGGGUACCACUUACAUUGAUCCCACCUUCAGUGAUCAUUAUACCAAAGCCACCAAUGCUGGAUUCAUCCGUGGUGGUUAUCAUUUUGCGCACCCUGGAUCUUCCUCUGGUGCCGCUCAAGCCAACUAUUUCCUCCAACACGGGGGAGGUUGGUCUUCUGAUGGCAUUACUCUGCCUGGAAUGCUUGACCUUGAGUAUGCCCCCAGUGGCGACAGCUGCUACGGUUUGAGCGCCAGUGCCAUGGUAAGCUGGAUUAAUGACUUUCUCAACACUUACCACGCCGCCACUUCUCAAUAUCCUCUGAUCUACACUUCCACAAGCUGGUGGCAACUGUGUACCGGAAACAAUGGCUCGUUUGGCAACAAAUCGCCUCUUGUCGUCGCGCGAUAUGCCAGCUCCGUGGGUACACUUCCCAAUGGCUGGAGCUAUUAUACUAUCUGGCAAAACAAUGACGCAGCUCCUUGGGGUGGUGACUCUGAUGUAUUCAAUGGAGAUUUAUCGCAGCUUCAAAAGAUUGCUCGUGGAAGUUAA